GUCCGCUAUAAGAGAACACCUUGUCGUCUUCCCCCGCGAGGCUCAUCAAUCCAGUUAUCCUAGAACUCGCCUGCGGAACCCAUAUCCCGUUCCGCGACCUAUCCGCAGAUCGUGCUGCAACAUGGCAACCCCGAGACAUGAGUUUUACGAGACCGACGAACGGCUGACCCUCUCUGUCUUCGACAAAGGCGCGGAUCCAGCGCAAGUUUCCGUCAAGUUCCAGCCGCGCAGCCUAACGUAUGAGCACGGCGACAAGAUACUUGCCCUCGAGCCGCUCAAGGGCCAGAUAGAUCCGGACAGAUGCGAGUACACGGUGGGCAAGUUCAAAGUCGAGAUCCGGCUCGCAAAGAGGGCGAGUGGCCGAUGGGGCACCCUCGUCGGUGAUAGUCCAGAUCCCCCUGCUACGCUCGCGCCCGUGCCCACUAGCAGCGCGCCCACAACCUCUCAGCCUCGCAAGAAGCAGAAGAAUUGGGAUGCGCUCACCAAGGAGAUCCUGUCCUCCGACAAGGCGGCUAACCCCGACGAGGACCCAAACGUCGGCGGAGAUGCCGCCGUGAACGACUUUUUCCAGAAGCUGUAUGCGGAUGCGGACGAGGAUACUCGUCGGGCGAUGCUCAAGAGUUACCAGGAGAGUGGCGGCACGACGCUCAGCACGAACUGGGACGAGGUCGGGAAGAGCAAGGUCGAGGUGAAGCCACCGGAGGGCAGCGAGUGGAAGAAGUGGGCGGUAUGACCCACAGCCCUCGCCUUGCAUCACGGCUCGGUUUCGUCAUCUCUGGGGAAAUUAUCUCGGUGGUUGGUCGUGCGUGGACUGUCAGUCGUCGUGCUCUAAUGCUCUCUGCUCUUAUGUAUUCGCAAGUUUGCUCAAUCAAAAAGCUGGUUUUUCGUCCGUU